AUGCCACUCGUACCAAUUUUGUUCCGUGAUUGGUGGGAAGACUGCUGGGAUAUGCCACUGCAAACAUCCCGACUGUUGGAUCAACAUUUCGGAAGCGGUCUCACAGCCGAUGAUUUGCUAACGGCUCUGACAUCGGCUGCAGGUACUCGUUCGGCACUUCAACAAAAUCGUCCACGUGUUGGCUACAAUCGACCGUGGCGCAACGCCGGUCAGGAUUCUGGAUCAACUGUUAGUGUUGGUGGUGAUAAGUUUCAGAUAAAUCUGGACGUGCAGCAGUUUUCUCCGAAUGAGAUUUCCGUUAAAGCAACUGAUAAUAGCAUUUUGGUAGAAGGAAAGCACGAGGAAAAGCAGGACGAACACGGCUACAUCUCCCGUCACUUCGUACGACGCUACAUGUUGCCGGACGGUCACGAUCCGGAAGCAAUUGUUUCAUCCCUGUCGUCGGAUGGUAUUCUUACAAUCACUGCUCCAAAGAAGGCUUUACCCGAACCGGAGGGCCCUAGAGCGAUUCCGAUCACUCAAACCGGUCAACCGAUGAAGAAGCUGACGGAGAAACCGGAAGCAAAACCAACUGAGGAGUUGAGCAAGGAGGGGAAAUAG